CAUCCGGGUAUCUUAGCUUUCCCAGUUGCUAACGAGAGGACGAGGGAGCUGUCGAUUCUUCGCCAAGCAAAAGUCAAGUGCUAGUGUGUGGAAAAUGAGUGCAGUUCAAACGCUUAGAGCGUUGGUGAAUCAGCGACUAACUGCGGCCGUUGAAGAAAUAUUUGCAGUGUUCGAGAGCACGAUAGCAGGGUACGAGGAGGAACUUACUCGAACAAAAGAGGAGAACGGGAGACAAUGUCAAAUACUGGAUGCUGUUUUCAAACAGCCUCAAGUUGCGUUACACAGAACAGAUGCCAGUAAAGGAUAUCUUCAGCACAUUAAUGAAGAGGAGGAGAGGCCAGAACCCCCCCACAAUAAGGAGGAAGAGGAGGAUUACAAAGUCAGUCAUGAGGGAGAGCAUCUUGAAGGACUGGCGGAGUUCCCAGUGCUUGGUGUCCCUGUGAAGACGGAAGAUGAAGACAAAGGUGAACCUGAGGAGAAGAUGGAGGCGGAGCACAUGAAAAUAGAAGCUGAUGGAGACCACUGUGGAGGACCACAAGCAGACAACCUCUUAGCUUUACUAUCAGAUUGUGACGACCCGACGUCACACUCUCCCGACACUGAUGAUGAAGACUCUAAAGCUGAUCAGACAUGUCACACUGACAACACACGCUUGAAAUGUGCUCAGUGUGAUCAGACUUUUGAGCACAAGAGAGCACACACUGGAGAUGAACCAUACUUCUGCUCGAUGUGCGAUAAAAGAAACUUUGAGAAGGUACAAUUGACAGCACACACAAGCAUACACAAUAGGGAAAAACCAUAUGCCUGUUCAGUGUGUGGUACAGGUUUUGCUCACAAUCGUGAUUUAAAAGGACACAUGAGAAUACACACCGGAGAAAAACCAUUUUUGUGUUCAAUCUGCAACAAAAGCUUUCGUUACCAAUCAAACCUUAUAAACCACACGCGAUUACACAGUGAUGAGAAACCACAUACCUGUUCAGUGUGUGGUGCAAGUUAUGCAAUCCUUCGAUCAUUAAAAGUACACAUGACUAAACACACUGGUGAGAAACCAUAUGCAUGUUCAAUCUGCAACAAAAGCUUUCGUAACACAUCAUGUCGUACAAGACACAUGAAAAGCCACACUGGUGAGAAACCAUAUGUCUGUUCAGUUUGUGGUAAAAAUUUUGCACUAAAUUCUCAUUUUAAAUUACACAUGCAAAUACACAGUGGUGAGAAACCAUAUGCCUGUUCAGUUUGCGGUAGAAGUUUUGCACGAAAUGAUUAUUUAAGAGGACACAUGCUAUUACACAGUGCUGUGAAACCAUAUACCUGUUCAGUGUGUGGUUACGGUAUUGUUACUAAAAGUCAAUUAAAAACACACAUGCAAAUGCACACUGGAGAAAAACCAUAUUCGUGUUCAAUCUGCAACAAAAGCUUUCGUUUCAAAUCAAACCUUGUACGCCACAUGCGAAUGCACACUGGAGAAAAAACAUGAGAACUCACUGAUGAGAAAGUGUUGUGUUGCUGAUUCUGAAUUGUUAAUGCAAUA